AUGCAAAUUGUUGAUUUAGAGCAAGGCUAUUUCAUGAUAAAAUUUUCCAAUGUUGCAGACUACACAAAAUCACUAACCGAAGGGCCAUGGAUCAUCUUCGAGCACUACCUUGUGGUGAGGAAAUGGACUCCUACCUUCCGGAUCACAGCAAAGCUUCCACCAUCACUGAUCGUCUGGGUGUGCUUCCUGGCUAUGCCAAUCCAGUACUAUCAUACUAGUAUCCUCACAGCGAUUGGCAACACAAUUGGAAAGCUUAUCAACAUUGACUACCACACUCAAUCAGCUCAGCGAGGUAAAUUUGCUAGAAUAGCCGUUGAAAUCGAUGUCUCUAAACCCCUCAUCCCAGACUUCUACCUCGAUGAUUGCAUACAGCUGGUCGAAUAUGAAAAUCUUCCCAAGGUUUGCUUUUCCUGUGGGAGAAUCGGCCAUGAGAAAGAGGAAUAUCAUGAUGGAACUCCUGUUCAUUCAACAACGUCCAGCAUCAUUGCAACUCAGUUGCCUACUGCAGAACAACAUACCCACACUCCAUUCACAGUGUCAUCUUCAUCUCCAUCGCACCAACAGCAGCUCAAUGUUCCGGAUCCCACGGCUCAACAAUCAGAAACCGCUCCCAUAGAUUCAGGCUUUGGCCCAUGGAUGAUUGUGAAGCGGAAACCCAGGCGUUCGAGUAAGAACAAAGAUCCAACAAGCACCGGCGGCAUGACGGCGACUCGCGUUCAACUCGCUUCUUCUGCCGACAAGCUCAAACGGAAAGAAUCUACCCAUGUCGUAAUUAAUCCCACAGCAGACCAAGCACAGAGGAGAGAUAAGGGUUCCAACAUUAACUCACCGCUGUCGCUACCUCGAUCUGCCUCCAAUGCACAAACAGGGGCCACCUCCCAUGACGAUUCAAGCCGGCCCCAUGCUCCAUCACAAGCUGCUAACCCACGACCUUCAACGGACCUAAAUUCUAGAGGCAAAAAUCAUGUGGAAAACGGAUCAUCAUCAUCCUUAGUACUCCACGAGAAGGAGGCAGAUGUCUCGCAUCUUUCCUCUGCUAAAGAUAAGGUUUUUCCAUUUACUUUGCCCCUGGAAAAAGGUCUUCUUGGGCCUCAUCCCACAGCUACCAAGGCCCACGAAUUUAACCUCAACCCACCUAAAACCACUCAGGAAAUUUCUCACCCACAAAUCUCCGGCCUUCCACCAAACCACCAUACUACAAACACAUCACCCUCACUUCUCGUCAGCGACAAAGCCCCACCAACAACUACCAUUUCUUGCCCAAAUGGAACUAUAAUCCAUGUGGUAGCUGUGGAGCCCAUUGAAAGUGAGAUAGCAAAGAAGCCCUCCAUCAACGCUCGAUCAAAUGGGAAGAAGAAUGAAGAAGGAAAACAUAGAAUAGAGAAACAGGGCAUCCCCAUUAGCAGAAGUUUGAAGCCGAAGAUGGGAAGCUCUGCACCAAAACGGCAAAAAUCUAAAGAUAAGAAGCAAGGAGUGCCUAUUACUCUCCAAGAAAUGGUCAUCCUCAAUGCUAAUUUCAAUACCCCCUCGUGUCCUCGAAGUGGUCUUCCUGAGACGUCAGUCCUCGAUGACACAUCACCCGACGCGUCUAUGAGGAUGGAGGUUGUUGCUGGUGUUGAAAGAACUUCGACAAACAAUCCAAUUGUAUCUCCAGAACAAAUGAAUAUACCCAGCCGAGAUAACAAAGAAGAUAGGCCGUCCACGACGACUCAUGUGGCUGCUCCAAGCCCCACCUAG